CAUUUAAAUGGGGAGUGAUUAAAUGAACUUUGUCUAAUUGUCAAAGUAGCCGUUGCCAAGAGAGCUAAGACUUGCUGGGCUCCUUCUCAGCUCUAACGCUCUCUUCUUCUCUCCUUAUUCCUCACAUCUCUCUCUCUCUCUCUGAGCGCCUUAAGAAAAAAAACAUUUCAAAAAUGAUGUUCACUGAAGGAUUGGAUGAGUCCGCAAUCAGCUGGAUCAAACAGGGUUCUGAUGCAAAGAAAUCUGAGGAUAGAUCACCUUUAAGUGAAAAGUAUUCAGUUCCGAGGUCCCCUUUAGAUUACAGUAGGAGUAGGGUAAUGCAUGGUUUGCCGCCAUUGAAAUUCUACUCGGCAUUGUUGGGAGCAUCUCACACUACUGUCUCCCUGAACCCAGAGAGUGAAGAAGAUGAAUAUGACGACUAUGAUGACAGGGAGAGCACGGCUUCUGGUCCAGAAGACAUUGGUAAAUUACAGCCCUCAUACGAGGAGAUGUGCUAUUCCAAGUCUCACUUUGAAUCAAAUCGAGAACUGGACACUAUUAGACCUAAUUUAAUUAGAGGGGUUUCCAAGGAGAGUCUUAGGAUUGAAGUGCCCGGGAAUGCUAAUAGAUUUAUGGAAGUUAAAUCGGUGUUUGGGGAAAGUGUUGCUUCUGGUUUUCUUUCAAAUUCUCAGUGUAGAGGAAACGCCCAACCACAUAGUGCCUAUGCAACACCAAUUGGGAGGCUUGCUGAUGAAUUGGGGACCCCAAGUGCCCCUCCCAUAGUUGAUAUUGGAGAAACACAAGAACACAACCUUGAAGUUUCAGACACAUCCAAUGAGGUGGCAGGAAUUGAACAUGUCAUUGCUGAUGAAAUUAAUAACUCAUGUGAUAGGACAGGACAACAGAUAAAUGCUGAAACUUUUAAUGGGCAAGAUAAAGCAGAAAAUGAAGGCGAGAUGGAUUCUAAGGCGAUUUUCCAUCAUGGAAACACAGUUGAAGAACAUUCGCCUCUUUAUGACACCAGAAACCAAAAUGCAUGGCAAGUUAUACUAGCUUAUGAUGCUUGUAUCCGACUAUGCCUAAAUGCAUGGGCAAGGGGUUGUACCGAAGCACCUGAAUUUUUGCGCGAUGAAUGCAAGCUGCUUCGAAGUUCCUUUGGGCUACAGAAACUUUUGCUACAACCACGGCAUAGCCAACCAACCGAUAAAAUCAGCAACAAAACCACGGAAAAGGCACUACCUGGGAAAGUGAGAAAGGCGGUUGGAAUGAUUCGGGUGGAAGUGAGAAGGCUCAGAAUCUUACCUAGGAGGAAGCUUAAGAGCUCUAGUUCAUUUCGUGGAGCAGUUUACAUGCAAGUGGGGGCAGAAUAUGUCCGCCAUGUUUCAUCAGCAGUGAAAAACCGACUCAGCUCUCUCAAACAACUUCAUCCACUUCUGUUGACAUCUGAAGAGUCACUUGCAUGCUUAGUUCAGCUGAGAAGUUCAACAGAAGAUACUCAGGUUGAAACAGGUUCUGCUGUCUCCUUGAGGCCUGGAUCUGGUGACUACCAUGACUUUUUUCCAGAAAACCAAAGUGAUGCCCUUUUGGUGGAAGUUCAAGAUUCUAAGAAAAAUACUCUUGGUCUAGCAACGGUUCCAAUUUCAUCCAUGGUUGAUAACCUUAAUGAAAAAAUACGAUGGUGGCCGAUUUAUCUUGAAGAGCAUGAGUGUGUUGGGAAGGUCCAACUUUAUAUUAAUAGUACAUUCACAAGUAAUGAGACGGUACAUUUAAAGAGUGGACCUAUUGUGGAGACUCUUGCAUAUGAUCUAUUGCUAGAGGCUGCUAUGCGUGCUAGACAAUUUCGUGCAAGACACUUAGGUAUAGAUGAACCCUGGAAAUGGUUGCUGGCAGAAUUCUCAGAUUAUUACGGAGUCUCGGAUUCAUAUACCAAACUGAGGUAUCUUUCGCAUGUAAUGGAUGUUGCCACGCCAACACAAGAUUGUUUAGAGCUUGUGUAUGAUUUGCUUCUUCCGGUCAUAAAAGCUAGGACUGAUAAAAGUUUAACUAGACAAGAGAAAACUAUACUGUUGGAUUGUGAAACACGUGUAGAAAGUCUGUUGGCAGAUGUGUUCCAGAACUACAAGUCAUUAGAUGAAGAUUCUCUGACAGGGCUAGCAGACAUCUCAGGUUCCACAGCAGAUGCGGCAGCACCAGCACUUGCUUCUGCCGUACAUGUGUACACACUUCUCCAUGAUAUUCUUGCUCAGGACUCCCAGACAAUGCUUAAAAACUAUUUGCAGACAGCAGCUGCCAAGAGGUGUCGGAAGCACAUGGUAGAAACGGAUGAGUUUUUGUCGAUUAGCUCAGAAGGCUUUGUUAUGGAUUCAGUUACUAUAUCUACAGCAUAUGCUAAGAUGAAGAGCCUUGUCAUCAACAUAAGCAAUGAAAUCCAAGCAGAUAUCAAAAUUCAUAAUCAGGACAUACUGCCAAGUUCUAUUGACCUCUCAAGCAUCACAACUGCUGUCUACAGCACUGAGUUGAGCAAGAGACUUAAAGCUUUUCUCGCCGCAUGUCCUCCAUCAAGUCCCAUGACACAUGUUAAUGAACUUUUGAUAGCAACUUCUGAUUUUGAAAGGAAUCUGGAGUUAUGGAAAAUUGUCAUGGUUCAAGGUGGGGUAGACUCAAGAGGUUUGUACGACAAUUAUAUAAUGGUUUGGGUGGAUGACCUCCAGCUUAAUCUACUUGAGCUUUGCAAGGCAGAGAAGGUGCCAUGGUCUGGGGUGAUUACAAACUAUUCAACGUCACCCUUUGCUGAAGAAAUGUUUGAAAAAGUCAAACAAUUGUUACUUGAGUAUGAAGUUGUCAUUCAUCGAUGGCCUCAAUAUACACUGGUCUUGGAGGAUGCAGUUGCAAAUGUGGAGAGAGCAAUUAUAAAAGCACUGGAAAAACAAUAUAAUGAUAUAUUGACCCCCUUGAAGGAUAGUAUUCCAAAAAGGCUUGGCAUGCAAGUCCAGAAAUUAGCAAGAAGACAGUCAACUGCUCUGUAUUGCAUCCCGAGUCAGUUGGGAACUUUCUUGAAUACUAUGAAGAGAAUGCUUGAUGUUCUCCACAGUGAAGUGGAGGAUAUUCUCAAGUCAUGGGCGUCCUACUUGCCAGAAAAUGGAGAAAGGAAAAAAGCAUUUGGCGAACAGAUGAAUGGGGUCACUGUGGUGCUGAGAACCAAAUACAAGAAUUAUGUGCAGGCCAUUGUUGUCAAGCUUGCUAGCAAUAUGCAAGCUAACAGGAACACAAGGUUACAAAGGAUCCUAGAAGAUACAAAGGAAACAGACGGAGAGGCUGAAAUCCGUGAAAGAAUGCAAUCGUUAAGAACACAGUUGUCUGAUUCCAUAUGCAACUUGCAGGAGGUCUUUACCAGCCGAAUAUUCAUUGCAAUCUGUCGCGGAUUCUGGGACAAAAUGGGACAGAUUGUACUGAAAUUCUUGGAGGGGAGAAAAGAAAACAGGGUCUGGUACAAUGGAUCAUAUCAUGCUCUUGGAAUUUUGGACGACAUUUUCGCUUCUCAAAUCCAGCGAUUGCAAGGAAAUACUCUGCAAGAGAAAGAUCUUGAGCCCCCUCGCUCAAUAGUGGAAGCUCAGUCAAUUCUUUGCAGAGACACAACUAACGGACCAGAAUCAUCAAACUACUUGUAUUUCUGAAUGUGCACCAACUCUUUUCUCCAGUUUUUUGCAUUCUCCAUAUUGAUU